GCUCCAGAAAGCAGUCAGCGAGUGAGAGUCAGUGAGUGAGUCCUGACAAGAUCCUCAGAGGGUAUAUGGACUGAACAAUGCCUCACCGCUCUUUGUUUGUAGUUCUAGCUAUCCUGGCCCACAAGCCCCAGAGCGGGUUGGUCCAGGAGGUCCAAUGGCCCAUUCACACUCUUUGCAAUAUGGACAAACUGCAGAUCGCCUAUCGCAGCUGUGACCAUUCACAGGACAUUGGAAUCAGUAUUGAUCUCUGCCCUGCGACACUUUCACCGUUGAAGAUAAAUGUGAAUUUGAGAGUGUCACUUCUGCUCCGUCAGUCCACCGAUGAGCUAUACCUGUCUGCUAAGUUGAUCCUGGAAGGGGGCGUCGCUUUUCAACUUGAUGAGCCUUUGUGCCAGCCUGAUUUCCCCCGCUUCACCUUCUGCUCCCGAAAGAAAGGAGAACUGAUUGUUUUUGACACACCAUUGAAGUUGGACAAACUGAAAUACCUACCGGAACAUCUUAAUGUGCAUACUGUCAUUGUGAACCAAAAUGGUUACCACAUUGCCUGCUUCAAUAUAACCAUAAUAAAAAGAUAGGCCUAGAAGAAGAAUGUUAGGCAGACAUUUUCAGAAAUGUGAAUUAAUUAUAAAUAACAAUUGAGUUUUGAUGAAUAUAACUCCAUUGUUGCUGUAUGUCGCUCUGGUUAAGAGCAUCCGUUAAUGUGCUCAUUUCAGCUGCCAUAUAUAAAAUAUAAUUUAGCUUAUGAUUUGCAAACAAUUCAAAUCUAAAAAACAAACAUUGUAUAGUCUCAUAACAUGCGUGUUUAAAACUCUAAUGGCAUCAUGGGUGGUCAGUCCUAUAUCUGCAGUGCAGCAUAUUUAUUUUCUAAAAAAGAGGUGAUCUAUUUAUUGUUUUAAUAAGUAUAAUAGCUUUAAUGUGAAUUAAAUUACAUAGUAAAAACAAGAGGAAUAAUUAUAUUGUGAUUUGAAUGAUGAACUGUAUUUGACAUGCUUCAUCUUAGCGUUGGCCUACACUAUUUGUAUCCAGGAAACUGGUAAAUACUGUACAAGAUAAAUGACUUCAAUCCAAACCAACCAUCAUUAAAUCCUUCAUUUU